UUUUAUUUCUUUUUCCUUCCCUCUUUCAUUGUUCACUCGCGAUUUUUUUUUGUUGGAACUUUUUUUUCUUUAUUUCUUCCGUUGCUCUUCUCUUCUCUAAAGUGGCCAUCUACCAUGCUGCAAUCUGCGCUGUCCGUGGCGCGAGCUCUGGCGCUGCCAGUAUUCAUCCUCGCGUCCUUUGGCGGCAUCACCCCUGCUCGUGCCGACGCGCACGUCACCACGGCUGAAUACGACUCGGCAAUGUGCCAAAAUAUGGCGCUCUGUGUUGCAAGCAUCCUGUGCGACUUUUUCGUCGUUUUCUUCCACAUGCGCACUCCUCCGCAUCCCAAGUUCCUGCUGCUGCCUGCACGUCGCUUCUCGAUCCACUUGCACUUGCUUUCGGGCACUACGGAAAUCAUCACGGGUAUUUGUGCCUUCUUUGUCGACGAGCCGCGCGUGCCGUCAAUGGUUGUCGGCAUUGUCGCCAUCACCCAUGUCGCGACUGCUCUCUACCAAACUCCCAUCGUCUUUGGCAGCAAAGCCGUCAUGAUCCCCGCGUACCUCGUCGCUGAGGGCCUGCACCUGUACUUUGCCAUCCGCCUGAUUAUCGAGCCGGAAAGCCUCACCUGGCUGCUCAACACCUUCCUGGUGCUCCACAUUUACGUCUGGUGCCGUGUCUUUUACUCGGUCUUUGCCGUCUUUGACGUCCUGUCCGAGCACCGCUACACGAUUGCCAUCAUGUUUUCGGGCUUGCUCAUCAUCCCUGCCGUGGUCGGCUCGAUUGGCAACUUGGCCGCCCUGGUGAUCAUUCUGAUCUACAACCUGCUGUACGUCCUCAUCAUGAAGCCGGACGAGGUGCAAAUGUACAAGUGGGUGGUCGAAAACCACCGCGAGACGCUCCAGGCCUUCCGUUCCCGCACGGCCAACCUCCUCACCAUGGGCGCCGUCCAAGCGAGCACCAUCGCUGCCAGCGGCGGCAGCCUGGCCACCCCAACCCCUGGCCUCACGGCCAGCGGUACCACCAAGGAAGGCGUCUUCUUCAGCGGGUCUGACCACACUGUCCAGACUGCGGACGGCUUCCGUAUCGCUGUGCCCACCACUCCUGGCAUCGCCAAGGCAAUCGGAAAGAAAGGCACUGGCGCGGGUGAAGCAGGCGACAAGGAUCCCAUCCCUGCCCUCCAACUCGCAUCCCUCGUCAACGCCAUCGGCAACCAGAACGCGAUGGAGACCAUGACAGACCGUCAACGUGCGCGCGCAAUCUUCCGUGUUCUCGACCGCGAUGGCAAUGGACGAGUCACAAUGGCAGAGCUCACCAACUUUUUCACGCUUUGCGGCAUGGAAGAGGCCGACAUGGGCUCGGACGGCACUGGACGCGACCUGUUGGCUCUGUUCUCGGACGCUUCGGAAAUCACCUUUGAGCAGUUCCAUGCCUGGUACUGUGACGGCUACAAUGGUCGCCUGUUUUCACAGCAAAUUUCUGCCGCUGCGGAGACGGACGAAGGCAAGGCCAGAAUUGUGUUUGACUUGCUCGAUGCAGACAAGUCUGGCUUCCUGGAGCAUGGUGAACUCGUCUAUCUGCUGAGCAACUGGGGCAUGCCCACGAGCGAGGCGUCGCAAUUCUUGCGCACAUUCACCCACGCGACUGGCAAGGUCAACUUUGGCGACUUUUUCGUCCGCAUGAAGCCGCUGUGGCAGUAUGCGUUCAAGAUGAUUGCCUCGGAUGCCGAGCGUGCCGCCCGGCGACAAAAGACGGACAAGGCGCUGCGCGAGUACUCGCGUCGUCUCAAGGCGAUGCGCGCCUCGCUCAAAAUGACGGGUGGUCGCUCUGCCGGCACGCACCAUGGCGCAAGCAAGCUGGCUGCCGUGAACGCCGAGUUUGACCAAGAGUAUGACACCACCACCAACAACAACAACAACAACAGCAACAAGCUGUCGCGACAAACACGAGGAGGCCGAGCUGCCGCUGCAGGCAGCAAUUCGGCCCCGCAGCCUGUUGGCAGCGGUGUCCACGGGCGUGGCAGCGACACUGACCGGCCGUUGCUUCUGGGUUCGGAGGAAAGCAUCCCGUCGGCCCUUCGUCUCAGCCCCGUGCCCCCGCGACGCAGCCAGCCCCACACAGCCACCGUGGAGAUGGAAAUGGUUCCGCGAGAGAUUAACGAAUCCUCGGCAGAGCAUCAGCCCGCCUCCACCAGUGCGACGACCACCAGCACCAGCGAGCGUGGUCCGGACUCGCCUGUCUCUCCCGACGGCCCCAACAAGAAGACACCAAAGAGUGCCAUGCGUUCCUCUGCAGUCCCCUCCUCUACCUCCGCACCUGCGCCCCGAGCUGUCAGCAUCUUUUUGCCCGAGUUUGACGAGAUUCCCGACACGACGAUUUGAAGCAGCCAAGAACGCUAUCGAGAGGCAUUCGUUUGUGUUUGUUGUUGCUGUUCGCAAUUGUUGUUGAAUUUAUUGUUUGUUUUUUUCCUUCGUUGAGUAAUGCAUUUGAGUCAGUUGUGUUGCGUUGCGUUGCGUGGUUGUUGUGAUUGCGAAAUGAAACUGGCAACAUUCAGAUUUCCACUUCAUUCGCUCUCAGAAUCGUUCUCAUCGCUCCAUCAAAUCAACAC